CAUGCUUCAAAAACUACUGCGAUCGACUAGCUGUGCGUUUUGCUGCUCUGGUCUUACAACUAUCUGAUGACGGUCAAAUCUCCCUGAUCACGUUGUAGGGGAGGUCACAAGCUGUCCAAUCAUACCUUGACUUGACGUUUGUAGUCCAAUCCAUUACAGAGCAAUCGAUGUGCGAAGUAAACAGAGCCACAUCUAUUGCAAGCAAGCGCCCUGCGUUACGCACAACGGAUCACGGUUUCUUAACAUUUUCUGAUCAUUUUUUAAUUUGUAAAAUUUGUAAAAUCGAACAAAAUGUGGAGCAGUGUUCCAAAGCAUCCCGAACAAAGUCGAUUCAGUGUUUCUGAAGAUUUGGAGGAGAUGGAUAGUAGUGAAAGUGACGGCGAAAGUGAUCAACUUUCUGGGUUGGAGAGCGCUGAUUCAAUGUCUGAAGCAGCAUUUGAAGAUGGAUUGGAUCCUCUUCAGGAUUUUGAGGACACUGAAGAAAACCCUCCCCUCUCAACAAGUGAGAGUUUUGAUGUUUCUCAGCAGAAAAGGAGACGAUCCAUUCCCACCCCUCUCCCUUAUAUCACCUCAAGCAUGCCUGCAAGACCAGUUGAGAGCAGGCGGGCAAGCACCCCCACCCCCACAACCUCAGACCCUGAGGAGAGGUGGAAAUUUGUAACUGAGGACGACGUCGAACCUGUGCAGCACUGCUUCUGUCCUGCAUGAGCACCUGGAGCACAACUGGAUACUUCAAAAAAGUAUUCCCCGCUAGACCUCUUCCAGCUUUACUUCAGCAUGAACGUCGUUCAAUCUUUGUGUACAAACACAAAUAAAAAUGGAAAAAAGCAGCAGGCCCAGGGGAAAAAAUACCAGUGGGAUCCAGUUUCAAUCAAGGAGCUCUACCAGUUUUUAGGAAUCCUAAUUUUCAUGGGGCUACUGACAACUCACACCGUGAGGGAUUACUGGAGUCCACGUAGGCCUUAUGGAAUCCCAUUCUGUCACACUGUGAUGUCCAGGAAGAGAUAUGAAGCCAUCGCUUGGACUCUGCACAUAAGUGACCCAGAGGAAGAUAAAGAGAAUGAUCAGAAGAAAGGAACUCCACAACACGAUCGCCUCUUCCGUCUCAGACCCCUCUUGGAUUCCCUCCUCCUGUCCUGCAAGGCAUACUACCACCCCCGACAGAACCUUUCAAUUGAUGAACGCAUGGUGGCCUCAAAAGCCAGGAUCGGGUUCAAGCAGUACAUGAAAGCAAAGCCGAUAAAAUGGGGCUUCAAGCUGUUCGUGCUGGCUGAUGCCAUCUACACAGGAAAAUCCAAAUCAGAUUCUGGGAAAGGACUGAGUUAUGACUCCGUUAUGAACCUCAUAAAGGUGUCAUACUUAGGCACAGGGUACCAUGUGUAUGUUGACAAUUUCUACACCAGCACAACACUGUUUCGGGACCUUUACAAGCUCAAAUUUGGAGCAUGUGGGACCAUUAGAGAAAUUCUUCAGGGCUUCCCACGGACAAAAGAGAACGCCCUCCCUAAAAAAGCUGAUAGGGGGACAAUUCGCUGGAUACGAAGUGACAAACUGCUGUACACCAAGUGGAUGGAUACACGUGAAGUGACGAUGUGCAGUUCCAUUCAUAAAGUGUACACAGGAGACAAAGUCCAGAGACGGGUAAGGAAUGAAGAUGGGACUUGGGGAAUGCGGAAUGUUCCUGUUCCUACUCCUGUAAAGGCCUACAAUCAGCACAUGGGAGGGGUGGAUUUGUCAGAUGCCCUUAUAAAGUACUACAACAUGGCACAGAAAACCCAAAAGUGGUACAAGAACAUUUUUUAUCAUUUCAUUGACAUUGCUGUUGUCAACAGUUUUUUGCUCCAUAAGGAAUUGGCACAGGCUCAAACUACAAAGGCACUUUCACACAAAACGUUUAGAGAGGAGCUAUGCAAGCAGCUGGUGGACAUCGGGCUUGUGGAGCAGGAGGCCAGUGUGAGUACAGGUAAACUCUGUGUCCCUGUAGCCAUUACAGAGGGCAAGGAACUCGACCCCUCCAUGAAGACCUCCUUCGGGCGUAGACACUGUGCUUUGUGCAAUGAAGGGAAACUCAGGAACAAAACGCCCUGGAAAUGCGAAGCCUGUGAUGUGCCAUUAUGUGUCAUUGUGGACAGAAACUGCUUCAAGAAACGGCACAUGCGUUAGGAAAAAAAGACUUUAUAGCAACUUAGGGAUGUAAGUAAUUUAUUUGUUCAUUUUGUACAGUUCAUGUUUGUUUUUUUCAGGUUUUAGCACUUUGUGGUUGUAAGUAGUUCAUUUGUUCAUUUUGCACAGUUCGUGGUGUUAUUAGGUUUUUGUUCAGUUGUAUUCAGUGUUUGAAAAAGAAAAUAUUUGAUUUGAAGUAAAUACUGUACAAAAAUACAGAAUCAAGUACUGAAAAUUCAGAGCUUCAGAAAAGUCUCAGUAGCAAUUCUCCUGCACAAACAGACAGUUAUGUGAGAGCAAUGUGCCUGACAGUUGUGGCAUAUGGAUUGAGAGGAUUUGUCAUGAAUACUCAUCAUGGAUACAUUUCGGGCACCACAAAGCUCUCCAAAAAGGCCACCUUUUGAAUGAAAUAUUGGACAAAAAAAAAAAAGAGGAUUACAAAAUCUAAUUCAUGUGGCAAUGGAUAGCAUGUGAGGUGCCAGAAGUUAUUCUCCCUGUUAGAACUUGCUCAAGAAACUAGUGUAUCACUGGACAUAAAGAUUUACACAAUGUUCAUUUUUGGAGAGGUUUGGAGAGGUUUGUAAAAACUCCUGUAGAAUUUGAUGCCUUUGUUCAAACAGUUCUAUUUUUUUUACCCAGUAUAGUAGACAUGUUGGUGAAGCACUGGAAAAAAAUCUGGCUCUUUUCAUAUGCUCCAAGUUGAAAAAAUGACUAUAGAACAUAAAAAAAUGAAAAGCGUUUGUUGUUUUUUUAUGUAUUUUUUCUGGAUAUCUCCUUCCAGUGUGGUACUGAGUAAGACUUUUAUAACACCUGAGGUUUUAGUCCUGAUGCCCAAGGGGUUACCUUGAAUUCAAGCCCUGAACCAUGCCUGUGCUGUCUAUACUUUAGAAGAUAUUGUGAUUUAUUGAAGGGCACAGCCCCCCAGGCGGAAAUUGUCUGUGAGGGGCUGGGGUUUUAACAAGUUAAAUGCAGAUUCAGUGCAGACUCUGACCAGUUUAACCAAUGAUCUUUUAAGAAUGAGCUCUGUGAACGCACCCAUUGGAUAAAUCAGUCAGAGUCUGCACAGAAUCUGCUCUGAAUGAUCCCCGUGAACGCACCCAGAAAUCUUCUAUCAGCCGCACACACGCCGUUGCACAGCUGUGAAAACAUUUUGUAAACUAGUCUCAAGUAUGCUACCCCCGUUUGUAGUUAUUUUUUUGACUUACUGAAAUACCGGGCUGCAUUAGGAAAUGCAUCACAGCGUCUUUCAACGUCAUUGUGUUUAAAUGUAUUAAUCAACCUCCCACAAAACUAUGUUAUUAAUGAGGAAAUAAAUGAUUGACACAACAUUAUAUGUUGUUGAUGACAUUAAGAUCAUAAUCCCAUCAUGAUGAGAUAUAUUAUAUAUUUUAUGUGAAAGCAUAUAGAAAACUGUAUAUUUUGUGAUUUUCCCUGUAUUUUAAACACAAUAUUAAUAAAAAAUACAGUCACAAAACACAAAUUACAAAAUACAAUCACAACUCUAAGUCGCCCUGGGUAAGGGCGUCUGCUAAGAAAAUAAAUAAUAUGAGCUCCCCAGUGUCCCAGUGAGGAAAUCCCCGGCCAGAUCCUUAAAAGCACACCUCACCUGCGAGAGCUACCCAACUGGAAACUUUACAUCGAUUGCUUACAAAUGUAGCAGCACUUGUAACUUUUGGCAGAAACGACAAUAAGAAGAAGGGAGUUCCCAUACGAGACCAGUAUGUUUGUGUUACCAUGUAGACAUAACAAUGCAAGUCUAAUAUUGACCAGACUGCACCCAGCUACCUCCAGACCCUCAUCUCUCCCUACACCCCCACUCGACCUCUCCGCUCCGCCUGCACUAAAAGACUGGCUCUACCUCCUUUACGCUCCCCUGCCUCCAGAGCCCGCUCCUUCUCCACCCUCGCUCCGCAGUGGUGGAAUGACCUUCCUACAGAUGUCAGGACUGCCCAGUCCCUGACCACAUUCCGGCACCUCCUCAAGAAUCACCUCUUCAGACAGCACCUAUAGAACUCCUCUGUUUUUCCCUCUGAUCACUUUAUCACCUUCCUUAAUGCGAUUUACUUGCUCUUAUCUGCCCCUAUUUUACUGCAUUUAAUCCUGUACUUUAGAGUACUGUAAUCUGUCAAGUGUUAUUUAAUCUGUAGUAUUUUGUAUUUAAUUAUAUCCUGAUGUAACUAUCACUGACACUGUUAUCUGCUCUGAUAUUGAAUCGUAUUUUGUCACACUUGUACUUUCUUGAACCAAAGUCAUUGUAUUUAUCUUGCUCUUAAUUAUAUUAAUACUUGUACUGUGAUUCUUGAAAUGUAUUUUUGUUUAUGACUGUAAGUCGUCCUGGAUAAGGGCGUCUGCUAAGAAAUA